UGUAAGGUGUGCGGUAAAGGAUUCCGGCAGGCCAGCACGCUGUGCAGACACAAGAUCAUCCACACGCAGGAAAAGCCUCACAAAUGCAACCAGUGUGGAAAAGCGUUCAACAGAAGUUCGACGCUCAACACUCACGUCCGGAUCCACGCAGGCUAUAAACCGUUUGUGUGCGAGUUCUGCGGGAAAGGCUUCCACCAGAAAGGAAACUACAAGAACCACAAGCUGACGCACAGCGGGGAGAAACAGUACAAGUGCUCCAUCUGCAAUAAGGCCUUCCACCAGAUCUACAAUCUGACCUUCCACAUGCACACACACAACGACAAGAAGCCCUUCACCUGCGCCACUUGUGGCAAAGGCUUCUGCCGCAACUUCGACCUGAAGAAGCACAUCAGGAAGCUGCACGACAAUGGCUUCUCGGCGGCUUCAGAAGCCUCCAGAGAGCUGCAGAGCUGAGCCAUUGCUCGUUUCCUGCUAUGACUUUUUAGCAGUUUUUAAGGUCUGACAAGGAAGUGAGGGAGUUCAAAAAACUGGACCCGAAUCUUUGAAAAGAAAUGAGGUAAUCGGCUCCCGUCAGUGUCUCAGCAGGAACGCUGCAGCGAACAAAAAACAGACAACAUCCGCCCAACACUGUCGGGAUGUUUUGGGUCCACAGAGAAUUUCUUUCUGCAUUUCCACAGACUGAAAGAGAAACCCCCUGUGUCCACGAUGGAACUGUAAAUAACGAUAAUAAUAAUCAUAAUAAUAAUAACGUGAAUCAUCUGGGGAAUGCAUUGCCAUGUUGUUUAUUUCAUUGAAAAACUGUUCCUGUGAAUAAAUAAGUUAAAUUAUAUUGAAACUGAAUGUCUGAGCCAUGUUUGCAUUUUGAAAGUAUUUGAAAAUAAAACAAUUAUAUGA